CCAUCAAGACAGAAGUGAAAGCCGCUGAGGUGAAGAAGAUGCCAGCAAAGACAUCAACAGCCGAGUCGGUCCGUCCCAAGAGUGCACCUGUGUCGACAACCGCUUUCCCCUCAUCGUUUGGAGGUCCGUCCGUCCGUCCCAAGGUGAAACCCGUGGCUUCCAAGCUUCCUGGAACGGCUGGUAUCACGGCCGAAGCCAAGAAGCCGCCAUUGGCGUCCAAAGCUCUGCCCAAUAGCAGCCUGGUUUCCAAGCCUCCCCGACCUUCCAUUAGCAUCUCCGUUCCGGAUCUGAAGAACAUCCGCUCCAAGAUUGGUUCCACGGAUAACAUCAAAUAUCAGCCAGGUGGAGGAAAGGCCAAAAUAGAGAAAAAGUUCACCAUGGCUACCCGAAACUCCGAACCCAGCUUAUCCAAAACCACUCCCAAUACAUCCAUUCUUUCUAAAGAGGGGCUUGCAAAGUCACCCAACGGGAAA